AGAAAACAAGGCAGAAAUCCAUCAGCUGCUCCACGACCAGAAGUGCUGCAAAGCCUUUCUGGGGACAUGGGCCCCCCAGGCCCCCCCACGCUCACCCACAGCCCCGGGGGUACCGGGCACCCCGCAGCCUCAUCCGCAGGGAGAGCUGCUGCUGCUGUCUGGAGGCCAUGACUGGGGCGUGAAGGGCGCGCCGUGCUGCGGCAGCCCCACCAUGCUGGACACCAUCAGCAGUCAGUACGACUCCUUCAUCUACUGGAGGAUGCCCAUCCCGAGGCUGGAGCUGGCAGAGCUGGAGGGGCUGGGCUUGGGCCAGGGAUCCCUCUAUGCACCCCACAGCAAACUGCCCGAGGCAGCCCAGGAGCCCGGCUGUGCGGAGGAGGACAGCCUGCUGCCCUUCAGCAGCUUCAACUUCUGGAGGGCACCCAUCGCCAGCAUCAGCUCCUUCGACUUCGACCUCAUCUGAUGCCCUCCUCCCCACUCCCCCAUCGCCAGGCAUGCCGGGGUUCAGUUCUGUUGGUUCUGUACGGUGUCAGGUGUUUGGUUUCGCUUUAUUUUAAGCCCUCAGGCACUGCUAAGGAAGCCCACGCUCAGCCCAGCCCUGCGGUGGGCGCCGGCAUCGCCUCACCUCCUCCAUCCCUCCUGGGAUCGCAGCAGGGCGAGCGGAGCCGGGCCAUCCUUGGGGCAAUGGAGCCCAUCUGCUUCGUCCUCAGCCUGGCUUCACUCCUCAGUGCUGUGCUGAAAUCAGAAGGAACCAAAGCUCCAAUCACUUCGGCUUUCUGUGUGCUUUGGUCGUGGUGUUUUAUUUCUUCCCCCUAAGAUUGUUUUCUGGGAGAGCAAACAGCAGCUCGGUUGCUGUGGGUGCGUUUGGGGUUGGAUGUAGUGCCAUGGGAAGCCAUAGCAAAGCUGUGAUGCAGAACAUCCCAAAAGUGACCUAAAAGAAGACGGGCAGGCAGCUGGUGGCAGUCAGAGCGCUGGGAAGGCACCAAAGAGGCAAAUAUGGGCACAGUGUGCACCCCCCCAUGAGAGAUGGGCACCUCCAGCCGUCACCCGUUGCUGGCAGAGCUGGAAAAUUCCAACUCCAGAGCACAGGCUGGAAAGGUGGGUGCCAAUCUGAGCCCAUAACCCACACGGGGCCGGGGCUGCCCAGCCACAUGCAAGGAGCAUCACCUCUGCUGCUGACAGCAACCACAGCCCAUCCACCUGCAGACGGCUCCCGUUGGAGCACCAGCAUCACACUGACUUAUUGUCUCAUUCCUGCCCAAAAGAGAGAAAAACAGGUUCAAAGAACAGCCGUCACCCCACCAUCCUCCACAAACCGAGGCCUUUUGGCCCCUGCCCUGCAGCACUCCAGGUUUGGUUCCCAGCAUUUCCCGUCCUGCUUUCUGCCGCAGCCCUGGGCUGCACACAGCUGCUGUACCCGGCAGCCUGGCGCUGCUGCUGCCCUUCACAGCCACCAAUAAAGGUGGAACGUCCUCCUG